AUGUCAGGUCAAUGGGUCAGGUCGGGUCACCCAAUCCGUCAGGUCAAAUUCGGAGCUCUAGUCACUACUGCAUUUGAAGAUCUAUGUUCCUUCUCAGAAAUAAAAGCAUUGAUAAUUGACACCAAAGCCUGGCAUGAAAAUGCAAAUGCGAAUUUACGAUCUUUGAAGCAUGAUGUUGGACAGUGUAUAACUGAGAGCGCUAGUUAUGAGAAAACCAUGUGGGAGAGAAUAGAAAUGGAACUUGAGGAAAUAAAUGUAGAGAAUCUUGGAUUCAAUCAUCCAAUUUGUUCAGAACAGAAUCAUGAAAUAAUGGAAGCUUGUAAAGAAUUUAUCCAAAACGAAGAAUCGAAAAUUAACAUGGAUGAGGUUUUGGAAUCAAUGCUCAAGGUUUGGAAGUCGCCAAAAUACGAAGCAUAUAUAAAGAAGGGGAAAUCGAUAAAUGAAGGAUCAUAUGUUUGUGAGGUGCUAGCGCCAUUAUUAAAUAUAGUGAUAAACGAUUUACCAGAAAACCUGAUAGCAUGGGAUAUAUGGGUGAAGAAGAAAGUUCAGCUAGUGCCAUACGAAAAGGUUCUCACCGGUAGACCUAAUUCCAGUCAAGAUAAGCGGGUUCGUGAUCAUAAAAAAUUAAUACGUUUCUCCAAGGAUUCUAUCAACACUACGAGAAGCAUAUUAAAGCUUAAAAGGAUAUUUAAUCAACUAUUGAAAAGGCAGAAUUUGUCCAUAUUUACUAUUAAUAUCGCAGGCGAUGUUUUAGAACUUUAUGCUAUGCGGAAAGAAUCAGACCCUGUUCCAUUAGAAUCUAUUUCCAAGAAGUCUGAACGAAUUGAAUCUUAUUUGAGGUGCACAUUAGAGGUUUAUGAGAAUUCGUUAAAUAAGAAGAAACAUAAUUGGUCCCAAACCAAUGUUACUACUUGGCCAGAGGCACUAAAGCAUGAUUAUGAAGAAGAGAAUAAUCGCCAGGUUAUGAAUGAGCUUAAAGAAUAUAGAGAGUGGAUUACUGCAAAUAAGAAAAUGCGCUAUGAGAUCAAAAAUCUGAAGAUGCAAGUGCUGGAGGCAGAAAAGGAGCUGGCAUCUAUGAAAAUGUCAUUUCGCAGAUCUCACCCAAGGCAGAGAAGAACAUAUGAAGAACAUAAAGCUGAGCUGGAAGAAGAGAACUAUCAUCUUCGUAGUGAAUUGCAAGCAGAAGUUGAUAGUAACUGCCAAAAUGAAAAGCAGAUCAGGGCGCUGGAACGUGAAUGUGUCCGUUGUGAACAAGAAAUCUGA